AGCCUGUGAUGAUAUCCUCCUCUUUCGAACUAUUAUGCAUAGUCCUCCUAGGACUAGGACACAUGUGCGUGUAUAUAGGAAACGACUCGCAAGUGGGUACAGUAGCAGAGCGCAAAGAAGCAGACGCUCCUCUGCGUUCUUGUUCAAGCUUACAUUCCUUGUGGAAUCAGUAACUCAUUCUGUGAACCGUCGAGAACCGGGCAGAAUAGAUGCACACGCCGGUUACUAUGGAGACGUGAGUGAUGAAAGCAACAAUGUAAGUGCCAACAUAGCUCUAAGCAGUGACCUCUCAAUUUACUCGCUUUUAUUUUAUGCAAAUACAUUUCAAAAAAUUGUUCCUUCUAGGCAAGCUGUAUGCUUCGUUGCUUUCAUGUUUGGAUGUCUUUUCACACCAUCGCUGUUACCUGUACUCUCCGCCAAAUGGGCACUUUUUCUUAGUUCCCUCUGCUGGACAGCCUAUCAUGCUAGUUUCUUCUAUUUGAAUAGUUACUUAUAUUACUUCUCCUGUACCCUAAUUGGAUUUGGGUUUGCGUAUACUAAGUGCCAGUGCGCAUCUGUUGACUUGGAAUUCUCUCAUCAUUUCCAGCUUAUUCUUCUCUUCGGGCUUAUUAGUACUUAUCUUAUAUUUCAACGACUCAGCAAAAAAGACAAAGGACAAUGUCACAAACUCCACUUUAAACGGCGUGGAAGUAAAAUCGCGCGAAUUUACCGACAGCGAUAUUCGGCUGAUGUAUGGAGUAUUCAUGAAGUCAUGUUCUCUUCCUUUGUGAAUCCGAACAUUUUGCUUCUCUCACCUUUAUUCUUUCAUAUUGGAAUUGUGACAGCAUUUUGGAUAGCUGUCUACCCAACGACUUUCCUCUUCACGGAAUCGCUCACUGUUCAUAAUUAUCUGCCAGCUUACUACAGUGCUUUUGCUGGUAUUGGAGAAAUUGGAAGUGCGUUUUGUCUUUCAUUCGGCGCCUCUUGUUUGUGCCUAAUAAGAAAAAGUGUGCCAUAAUU